AUGUGGCAUCACUUGACCUCGAGAAAGGCUCCCCACGUGGUGCACUUGGAGAGCAGCUAUGUGUCCAACCUCGCGUCUUACGCCGGAAUCAUCCUCGUCGUGUGCCUCGUCAUCAUCUUCCUGUUCCGCAUGUACGUCUUCGAAGGCUUCCUCCUCAAGCGCCUCUAUCGCACCAUCUACACGCAGAUGAACGACACGGUGCGCCGGGGCUUCGUCAACCACCACGUCGCCGGCUCCAUCAAGAUUGUUCUUUUGGCAACGGCCAUCUACCCCUUCAUCGCCGUCGCCUUCGGCCACUCAGGCAUGCAAGCUCCCAUCGUUCCACACAGCCGCGUCACCAUGGGCGACGUGCUCGUCGUGUGCUCGCAGAUCUUCAUCGGCAUGUAUGUCUUUGAGCUCUUCUAUCGCACCAAGAUCUCGCCCGUCAGCGUUCUGCACCACAUUGGAGCCAUCCUCAUCGCCCAGAGCGCCGUCAUGAUGAGCCUGGACCCUAAACACCAAAAAGACGCCGCCCUCGAGUUCGUUCUCUGCUUCGUGUGGGGUGCUUUCGACGUCAUUGCCGAGUUUCUUCCACACAUCGCCAUCAUCCUCUAUCGCGUGUAUAACGAUGAUCACGAAUUCCUCGCCAAAGUCUUCAAGGUCGCGUGCUUCACCGAACUGGCAGGCACCACGAUCGAGACGGCCGUUGUCAUGUAUCUCUUCGGCUCCCUGUGGCACAAGUGGACGCUCGCCCUCAAAAUCGCCACGCCCAUCCUCCACGUUCUCUUCAGCGCCGCUCAGAUCUGGGGUGCCAUCAUUUUCCGGCGGAUGUGGAAGCACCAGGAGAGCUUGAUAAAUGAAAAGAAUAGCGAGACUGAGCCUUCGCCUUAA